AUGAAGUUCAAUACUGUCGCCCUCACCUUGGCUACGGCCGGAUCGUUGGUGUCUGCUCAGCACCACCACCAGCACCGCCACCACCACAAGCGCUCCCCCGAGACCGAGGUCGUCACCGUGCCCGGUCCCACCGUCACCACCUAUGUCCUCGACGGAAAGGUCAUCUCUCUGGAUGAGGUUUGCGCUGGUAUCCGCAAGGGAACUUUGACGUGGUCCGGAAGCGUUCCUGCGAAUGCUUGCUCUUCCUCGACCGUCUCUUCUACCACGACGACCCCUUCGGCUACCCUCGCGGCUGCUGCGGAAUUCAUUGAGGUCGCCGUCAAGCACUCGAGCAGCAGCAGCAGCAGCAAGGCUACCAGCACCAAGACUAGCAGCUCCUACUCUUACUCGGCCAGUGCGUCCGCUAGCGCCUCCGCCAGCAGCUCGUCCUCUGCCACCGGUGUGGAUAAGGAAUUCCCCGAUGGUGAGCUGGACUGCGACACUUUCCCCUCCGAGUACGGUGCCGUUGCCCUCGACUACCUUGGACUCGGCGGUUGGUCCGGUAUCCAGUACGUGACCAUCGUCGACGAGAUCGUUGACACCAUCGUGACCGGUGUCACCGGCGACUCUUGCAUUUCUGGAGCCAUGUGCUCCUAUGCCUGCCCUGCCGGUUACCAGAAGUCCCAGUGGCCCAGUGCCCAGGGUUCGACUGGUCAGUCCGUCGGUGGUAUUGAGUGCAAGAGCGGAAAGCUUUACCUUACCAACUCGGCUCUGUCCAAGAAGCUUUGCAUUGAGGGUGUUGGCGGUGUUCACGUUCAGAACAACCUGAGCGAGGAUGUCGCGGUUUGCCGUACUGACUACCCUGGUACCGAGUCCGAGACCAUCCCUCUCGCUGUCGCCAGCAACAGCGAGCUUCACCCCCUGACCUGCCCCAACGGCGACUCCUACUACAAGUGGGAGGGCAAGACCACCUCCGCCCAGUACUAUAUCAACCCCAAGGGUGUCUCCACCGAGGUCGGUUGCCAGUGGGGUAACAGCAGCGAGCCCUACGGUAACUGGGCUCCUCUCAACAUGGGUGUCGGUGAGAACGACGGCAAGUGGCUCUCGCUCUUCCAGAACAGCCCUACCACUUCCACCAAGCUCGACUUCAACGUGAAGAUUGAGGGUGACGACCUGAGCGGAUCUUGCAAGUAUGAGGACGGUACCUUUUACUCCGAGACCGGCUCCAACGACUCCGGCUGCACUGUUGAGGUGCUCUCCGGCUCCGCCACCUAUGUCUUCUACUAA